GCUGUACCAGCUUUAUCCUACUUGUUCCUUUGGUGAACCAGGUUCACUUAAACUUGUAAAAAGAUGACCGACCUCUUGAGAAGUGUUGUCACUGUCAUUGAUGUUUUCUACAAAUACACCAAGCAAGAUGAGGAAUGUGGUACACUGAGCAAGUAUGAACUAAAGGAACUUCUGGAAAAAGAGUUUCGUCCAAUUCUGAAGAACCCAGAUGAUCCAGACACAGUGGAUGUCAUCAUGCACAUGCUGGAUCGAGAUCAUGACAGAAGAUUGGACUUUACUGAGUUUCUUUUGAUGGUAUUCAAGCUGGCUCUGGCCUGCAACAAGGUUCUCAGCAAAGAAUACUGCAAAGCUUCAGGGUCAAAGAAACAUAGGCAUGGUCAUCAACACCAAGAGGAAGAAAGUGAAACAGAAGAGGAUGAAGAGGAUACACCAGGACGUAAAUCAGGUUACAGACAUUCAAGUUGGAGUAAGGGAGAGGAGCAUGGAUAUAGUUCUGGGGGCUCAAGGGGAACUGUGAAAUGUAGACAUGGGUCCAACUCCAGGAGGCUAGGAAGACAAGGUAAUUUAUCCAGCUCUGGGAACCAAGAGAGAUCUGAGAAAAGACACCAUAGGUCCAGCUCUGGUCACUCAUGGAGUAGUGGCAAAGAGAGACAUGGUUCCAGCUCUGGAGAACUGGGAGAAAGAAUAAACAAGUCACAUGUUAGCCCUUCUAGGGAAUCUGGGGAAGAAUAUGAAUCUGAAUGUGGAUCAAAGAGUUGGGGAAGGAAAGGUCAUGGUGGUCUGUCACGUGGAUUGGAGACUAGUCAGCAUGAAUCAAACUGUACUCAGUCAAGAAGUAGAGGACAAAAGCUUGAGUAUAACUGUUCAGUGUCGGGAGGUAGUGAGAGGCAAAGUCAUGCAUGUGGUUAUAGCAAUUCGGGUGGGUGUGGAAGGCCACAAACUGCUUCUAGUUCUCGUCAGUCACAUAGAUUUGGAGGGCAAGGAUAUCAAUCUAGCUAUACUCAGUCAGGCUGUCAGUCAGAAAUUAAUGGAGGACAAGGCCAUGGCUGUGUCUCAGGAGGUCAGCCCUCUGGAUGUGUUCAACCUGAGUCUAACUCCUGUGGCCAGUCCUAUAGUCAGAGAGCUUAUGGAGCUAGAGAACAUGGUCAACCACAGAACUGUGGAGGACAACAGAGAACAGGCACAAGUCAAUCCUCUUGUGGACAAUACAGGUCUGGAGGUAGUCAGUCUUGUAGUAAUGGUCAACAUGACUAUGGUUCCUGUGGCCACUUUUCAAACUCUUCUAGUUCAAACGAAUUUUCCAAAUGUGGUCAACAUGAGUCUGGUUCAGAUCAGUCUACUAGCUGUGAACAACAUGGAACAGGCUUGAGUCAAUCAUCUGGCUUUGAACAACAUGUAUCUGGCUCAGGUCAAACUUGUGGCCAACAUGGGUCUAGGUCAAAUCAAUCCUCAGGCUAUGACCAGCAUGGGUAUAGCUCAGGUCAGACAUCUGGCUUUGGACAACAUGGGUCUGGCUCAGGUCUGUCCUCUGGCUUUGGACAAUGUGGAUCAGGUUCAGAUCAAUCGUCUGGCUAUGGCCAACAUGGAUCAGGCUCACAUCAGUCCUCUGGCUUUGGACAGUAUGGGUCAGGCUCAGGACAAUCUUCUGGCUUUGGACAGCAUGAGUCUAGAUCAAGUCAGUCUAGAUAUGGUCAACAUGGUACUGGCUCAAGUCAAUCAUCUGGCUAUGGUCAACAUGGGUCAAGUUCAGAUGCAACCACAGGUAUUGGACAGCAUGAGUCUGGCUCAGGCCAUUUCUCUAGCUCUGGACAACAUAUAUCUGCCUCAGGUCAGUCUACUAGAUGUGGCCAAUAUGGUUCAGGCUCAGGUCAAUCAACAGGCUUGGGCCAGACUGUAUCUCGACAAGGAGAGUCAAUAUCCACAGUUCACAAGAGACAGGAAACUACUCAUGGUCAGAGAGUAGAUACCACUAGACAUGGCCAGUCUGGUCACAGACAAUCCACACAAAUAGGGUCCAGGACAACUAGAAGACGAAGAUCAAGCCAGAGUGAGAACAAUGACAGUGAGGUGCACUCAGGGGUCUCACACACACAUUCAGGACAACAGAUUCCAGAUCUACCAGAACAAGUCAUUUUCAGUCACAUAGUAGUGAAAGACAAAGGCAUGGAUCAAGUCCAGCUUGGAAACAUGGCAGCUAUGGAUCUGCAGAAUAUUACUAUGGGCACACUGGGAUCCAAAGCAACUAAAAGAACAGGAAAACAAGGUUUAAUUCAUGAACAGUCAAUGAUAAGUCAUGAAAAAUCAAUUGAUUCUCAGUAUCAGUCUGGACCUAUUAUAAUUAGAAGUCAGGAAUCUAGUCAUGGAUGUUCAGUAGUAACUCAUAAACAGUCAAACCACACCUAUGUUUGUCCUGGAUAUAACACAGGCAGAAGGAAUGGAUGUACAUAUAGCCAAUCAAGCGACCACCCUGUAUUUGGCCACGGACAAUGCAUAUUAAUUCAUAGCCAUUCAGAAUCCAGUUCAAACCGAAAACAGGAAUCCCAUAAUGAUAGUAAAAGGCAUUCAGAAGAUUGGGAGAAAGACACUCAUGAGCAAUUAGGAUCUAGGCAUGAAAAGUUAGAUUUCAGUACAAUAGCUAUACAUGGAUCUAGCCAGCAAAUGGGAGAUACAACUUUUCAUGGGCAGGUUCACAUAUAUUGCCAAAAUAUGUCCACUCUCCUGGAAAACAUCUUUGGCAUCAUUGAUCUUUUCAUGAAAUAUUCAAAAAAAGAUAAAAACACUGAAACACUGAGCAAAAAAGAGCUGAAGGAACUUCUGGAUAAUGAGUUUCGGCCAAUCCUGAAGAAUCCAGAUGACCCAGAUACAGUUGAGGUCUUCAUGGACAACCUGGAUAUAGAUCACAACAAAAAAAUUGACUUCACUGAGUUUCUCCUGAUGAUAUUCAAGUUGGCUAAGGCAUAUUAUGAGUUGAACAGAAAACAGAAUUUAUCUACAUCAGGACACAGGCGCAAAAGGCACAGUCAUCAUGAGAAACACGAAGAUGACAAAGAGGAAGAAGAAAAACAAAAGAAAAUCAGACCCUCAAGAAGAAUGAUUGAAAAAUGGAGAGAAACAGGAGAUACUGCCACAUAUUACACAAUUCAGAAUAAAGUGUAUGAUGCAAAUGAUAACCAAAGAGAAAAACACAAUAAACUAAAGCCAGCAAGUACAUCUUAUGAUCAAUCAUCAUCUCAAGAAGAAAGGCGCCGGGGAUCCAGCGUUAGCCAGGAGAGCCACAGCAAGGGACACUCGGAAUCAGACUCCGAGAGGCGGUCUGGGUCUGGUUCCAGAGACCACCAUGGGUCCACUCGGGAGCAGUCUAGAAAUGGCUCUAGGCACCCUGAGUUCCAACAGGCCGAUAGAGCUUGUUAUGGGCACCCCUCCUCUGUAUUGUCAGACUCUAGUACCAGCAAGGAACAUGCUCACUCUAGUAUUCUUUCACAAGAUUCUGAAUAUUGUUCAGGAAUACAGUCAAGCGGCAAUGAUGACACUUCUUGUUCUCAUGAGUUUCACUCUGAUAGUACUGAAAGGCAUGGAGGUCAAUCAGAUUUAGUUUGGAGACAUGGCAGCUAUGGCAGUGCAGAUUAUGAUUAUGGUGAAGCUGGGUUUAGUCACUCUCAGGGUGGAAGUGUUAGUUACAAUUCCAACCCGGAGGUUUUUAAGGAAAGAUAUAAUAUCAAAAAAGCAAGGUCAUUUGUUGAAGAUCAUCCAAGGUUUUAUGCAACGUAUAUUAAUAGGUACCCAGGUUUAUAUGGGCGUUCAAGUGAUUUGUCAAAGAAGCUGGGAUUUAGUCAGUCACAGAGAUACUAUUUCUACGAGUAAGAAACAAAUAUCAAAGGAAUUUUUCCAAGAAUAGAAGAACCAGGCAAAAACCCUUUCAAUCUAGAAACUUCAUAAUACUUUCAGGGAGGUUAUUUUUUUCCUGUCAAUCUGUUUAAAAUAUGUUACAGUGUUUCACUGGUUUGGUGGUAGUUUAUUCUUAGUAUGUAUUCUUUAAGCUUUAUAGUUUGGAAAUUUUAAAUUUAAGAGAUCAAUAUUAUGGAGAGCUAACUUUAGAAAAGUAGGAGUAUUUUAGGAGAUUGAGGGUCAAGUAAUGUUUCAUGUUUUUGAGAGUUUAUGUUUUGGAUAUUAUCCAAAUUUCUAAAUUAAUGUUUUGCAGAAAUAUUGAAGACACUAGAAAUAUAAAACUAUUCUUUUGCAUACCAAUGUUUAUAUCAACAUUAGUGCUUAAGACAUCUUUCUCUAUUCUUUUUCUAUUGGAAUUCUAUUAUUCUGUAUUCAAAAAAAUAAUCUUGGACAUAAUUGGUAUUUUAUUAAACUGCAUUAAAAUUAGAAAUAAACUAUUAAUCAUAUAAUACUGUUUGUCUCUUGUAUGCUUAUUUCUCAUAAACCUAAGUGACAUACUUCCCCAUAACCAGAAUUAGAUGUUGUCUUCUAUACCACUGUAAAGCUAUAUGACCAUACAGCAGAUACAGUACAUUCAAA